AUGGCACAAGCUCCAGGGCCUGCUGCUUUCAAUGUAGUACCUCUGGCGUACCAAACCACUGGUGACGGGACUGCGGCCCCUGAUUGGCUUAACAAAGGUGACAACGCCUGGCAGCUCACGGCAUCCACGCUUGUUGGAAUGCAGUGCAUUCCCGGGUUGAUGAUUUUGUACGGGAGCGUCGUUAAGAAGAAGUGGGCUAUCAAUUCUGCCUUCAUGUGCCUCUAUGCAUUCGCAGCAGUCCUCAUCUGCUGGACUGCAUGGGCUUACAAAAUGUCCUUCGGAGAGCAGCUCCUCCCUCUUUGGGGGAGAGCUGGGCCUUCUCUUGACCAGAAAUUCUUGCUUAAACAAGCUUUCCUCCCCUCCACCGGAACAGACUUUUAUCCUCCAUUGGCACCCAUGUAUCCGAUGGCAACACUCGUCUACUUCCAGUUCGUGUUUGCCGCUAUCACUCUGGUCCUUAUUGCAGGAUCUCUGCUGGGCCGUAUGAACUUUCUGGCUUGGAUGCUGUUCGUCCCCCUCUGGCUCACGUGCUCUUACACCGUGGGAGCUUUCAGUGUGUGGGGUGGCGGCUUCCUAUUCCAGUGGGGCGUCAUUGAUUAUGCUGGUGGAUACGUCAUCCAUCUAUCAGCUGGAGUGGCUGGCUAUGUCGCUGCUUACUGGGUUGGCCCCAGACUAGAGAAAGACCGCAAAAACUUUCCUCCAAACAACGUCUUGCUCACUUUGGCCGGAUCAGGUCUGCUGUGGCUGGGCUGGAAUGGAUUCAACGGAGGAGCACCCUACGCAGCCAACAUUGUAUCGUCGAUGGCAGUACUGAACACGAACAUAUGCGCUGCAACCAGCCUGCUCGUCUGGACCAGCAUAGACGUCAUCGUUUUCAAGAAGCCAUCAGUGAUAGGUGCCGUUCAGGGUAUGAUCACGGGCUUGGUUGUCAUCACUCCAUCUGCAGGUUUGGUUCAAGGGUGGGCAGCCAUGGUCAUGGGAGUGUUCGCAGGAAGCGUUCCAUGGUACAGCAUGAUGAUUCUGGGCAAGAAGAAACUCUUCAACAUCGUCGACGACACAUUGGGCGUAUUCCACACUCACGCAGUGGCAGGUUCGAUGGGAGGAGUGCUGGCAGCAUUCUUCGCGCAGCCCACUCUAAACAACCUCUUCUUGUCGAUUCCCGAGGAGAGGGGGAUCAUCUACGCCGGCGAUCAUGGCGGCAUCCACGGUGAGAAGACAGGACUGCAGCUUCUCAAGCAGAUCUGUGGAGCUCUCUUCAUCGUUGGAUGGAACAUCAUCUCGACCACCAUCAUCUGCCAGGCCAUCAAGCUCGUGGUGCCUCUUCGGAUGUCGGACGAGGAGCUGAAAGUGGGCGACGAUGCCGCCCACGGAGAGGAAGCGUACGCGCUGUGGGGCGAUGGAGAGAUCUUCGACGCGUCCAUGCACAAUGCCGACUCAUUCUCCAUGAAAGAGUUCAAUGGCAAGUCGUAG